UGGGCAGUCGAGCAGAAUUAAACGUCGGACCUAAACAUUGAUCGAUGGCGUGAUGGAAACGUACUGAUAAUUAAGAAAAGUUUCGCGUUUUUUGUCGCUUCUACAGAUACAAAGGACAUACUGACAUGACUUCUCACGUUAAAGAAAGCAAGCUCUCCUCAAACAAUGGUAUUUUAGACGGGAUACAGAGAAGAGUAGUUCAGGAGGAUACAGUCCAGUACAGACUCUUCCUCAUUCAGCCCGUUGGUUCAACUGCACAAGCUGAGGAACGACUCACUCAUCUAAUAGAGGAGAUUCUGGCAAAGGUUGCAACCUUCCUGACAGAGUAUAUCUGGCAGCAUCAGCCAUUCAACCUUAAGUAUCAUCCUGAGAAAGAUGUUCCAGCUCACAUUGGGGGGAGCACUCAAUUUCUAGACAAUGUGGAAGAUGAGUGGUUUAUAGUUUUUCUCCUGCAACGAAUAACAGAGGCUUUCCCAGAGCUUGCAGCCAGCAUUGAGGACAAUGAUGGAGAGUUUAUUCUGAUUGAAGCAGCAGAUUAUCUCCCGAAAUGGAUAAACCCAGACACCAGUGAAAAUAGGGUCUUCCUCUAUAGGGGACAGUUACAUAUCCUGCCCUGCCCCUCCAAUUCAAGUUCAGUGGGCUUCCCAAAGAAUGUGGUACCCAGUGUGGCACAGGCUUUAAUGCUGCUCUCCACUCAUCCAGAAGCUUGUAGAGCAAGCACUAAGAUUUCCUCAGCCCUGAGGAAGCGUUUAGAGGGGUACCCAGAGAAGAUUCAGACUGGCUUGCACCGUGCCCACUGCUUCAUACCUGCAGGCAUUGCCCAUGUGUUGACCCAGCGGCCAAACCUUGUAGCUGCAGCUGUGUCAGCAUUUUAUCUACGGGACCCAGUGGAUCUCCAGGCAUGUCGGACCUUUAAGACUUUUCCACCUGAUACAAGGGUCCUCACCAUGGUGACAUUCACUCGUUGCCUGUACGCUCAGCUGCAGCAGCAACAGUUCACUCCAGACCGAAGAAGUGGUUUCACCCUGCCUCCUCGCUCUCAUCCCAAGUACAAAGCUUAUGAGCUGGGCAUGAAACUGGCCCAUGGUUUUGAAAUCCUGUGUUCUAAGUCCAGGCUACCAUCCUCAGAGCCAGAUGCUCCAAUCAGUUGUAACCCUCAGUGGAAAGGUUUCAUAAACAGUCUCAAAACAAAUGGCUACUUUCGGGGAGAACUUGAAGGCUCAGCCCUUCACAGAGAGCUCAUGAGAACUGCAGAAAACUUCUUCAAACAGUAUGUCUCCUAUGAAUCAAGUACUGUAUCCCCGGGUGAGGAGGUUCUCCAGCUGCUGCACAGCUGCAGCCCUUUGAGCUUGGAAGAGCUGAAAAAACAAGAGUCACAGCUCCCCCAAGAGGACAGUGACAGUUGGCUGGACAUUUCAGCACAGGAUUUGGAGCGAAUGUUACAAGAGAGGAACGGGGGGAGAGCUGAUAUUGGCAGCCGGAACACCAGCUCUACUAAACAUACAGAGUGCAGUAAAAGUGCAGAGGAGAAGAGAAAGGAGACUGAGGACAAGCACCAAGAAGAGGAUGCUGGUUACAGUCUUGUAGCAGUGAGUCAAGGGAUGAAGAAGUUCCUCAACGCCAUGUCGUCACACGAAGGUGCAGAACUGCCAUGGACCAGCUCCAGUCAACCUUUCAGUUUUGACCCAGACUCCAUGGCCAACACACUAGACAGACUAUUGGGGAGCAAGGAAGAAGACCUCGAUUCAGAUGAUCUUGAUGAUGAUGAGGAUGAGGAGGAAGAGAAAGAUGAGGAGUUUGAUUCAGCCGAGAUGAAGGGGGCAGAGACUCUGGACAAUCUACGAAAAUACAUGGAUCAAAUGGAUCAGGAGCUCAUGGGCACUCACAUAGGCCAAAGCUUUAAACAAUCGAAUUCCAACAAAGCAGGCCCUGGCGGUGGCUCCUCUCAUCCCUCUGCCACCGACAGUCCCCUGAGGCAGGAAAGUCCAGCAGAGACCGAGGAGGAGAUCCAGCCCCUAGACCUGGACCUUAACUUGGUCACCAACCUCCUGGAGUCCCUCAGCUCACAGGCAGGACUCGCUGGACCAGCUUCAAACCUGCUGCAGAGUCUGGGAAUACACCUACCCCCCAACUCUGACCCUGCGUAAGAUGGACGACUGAGGCUCAUCUAAUGAAUGAAACAAUUUACUGGUGUCUCUGAUGAAUGAAAGGAGCUACAACAGUGGUGAAGCCCACAAGGUACUAUGACUUACAGCUUCAAACCUGCUUUUAUAUCCAGAUAAAGGUGUUGGAUUGUUGUAUUGACACACUCGGAUGUGAAGCUGGAUAUGACAUUUUUCAACAAAUACCUUCGUCAGUUUUUACUUAAGGAAUAGAAUUUAUUGCAUUCGCUGCUUCCAAGAAUUAGACAUUAAAUACCAAAAAGGAAAGACUAUUUGUAUUUCCGUGUAAUGAAAUAAUGUUUGUGUGCCAUAAUAUUUUGUGAAAUGUUUUCUAGUUUUCUCAGUUAAAGAAACCUGGACUUGUUUUGUAAUUUUGAAGGGAGAAUUAAAAUACAAAUAUGUUUGAUAAAUCAUUUAUCAGUGAUCCUUUAAAGCCUAAGGCAGGACUAAAUGCCAAGCACAUGGGCAUUCUGUCCCACCCCACUCUGUUUGAUUUGUGUGGAAUCAUGUAUAGUUUGUUAGUGAGCUGUUAUACCUUGUGAUUUAGUCCUGCCAUAGUUUUUAUGUCCGUUAUCUUUGUAUUGACAACACUGAUGAACAUCUGCACUGAUGGUAGCACCUAAGCCUAGUUGGUAAACAAUAAAGAUUUUGGAAAUAA